ACAUUGGAGACCAUCAUUGGCUUUGCCAUGUUUUACAUUGCCGUCCCAGUGGUUUGGGAUUUUGUGGAUGAUUUGUCUCGCAGUAAAUUGGAAAAGAAGGACGCCAAAAAGCCGCCACAAGAGUUGGCAGCACCAGACCUCCAUGACGAGGAAGAAGAUGACGGGGAAGUAAUCGAAGCUCCGAGCAAGGACGAAGCCGAAAAGAAGGUAGACUAG